CUCGCCCCUCCUCCGCCCAGUCCGUCUCCCGCUCCCGCCGCCACCUCCUCGACCGCAGCCGCCGACGGCUCGUCGCCUCAGAAGACUCCCGGCCUGUCCAGCCGCAACUUCCUCUAGGGUUUCAGCAUGAUUGAGAUUGUGCAGGACUUUUAUUUAGUGGGGGAGUGCAUUGAGGAAGUUCUCUCUGUAAUCAAGCCGACGGAGGACGAUCGAAACAAACGUCUGGAAACUAUUCAAGAGUUUGUGAAUUCCAUCUAUUCAGCUGCUGAUUUGGAAGAUGCUUCUGCCAAACCUUUUGGAUCCUUCGCAUCAAAUCUUUAUGCAAAAUCAGGUGAUUUGGAUGUAUCUGUUGAGCUGUCAAAUGACCCGGACUCCUUUACAACCAAGAAAAAGAGGAAAGCCUUGAGAGUCGAAAGAAUAAAUGCCUUGAGUGAAGUAAGGAGAGUUUUACAAAUCAAAGGUGUUGCUAGGGAUGUGCAGUUCAUUCCUACUGCAAGGGUUCCAGUUCUUAGUUAUGUGAGCAACAAAUUUGGCAUUUCCUGUGAUAUAUCCAUCGAUAACUACCGUGGCCGAAUUAAAUCCAGAGUGCUGUACUGGCUCAAUACUCUAGAUAAGCGCUUUGGUGAUAUGGUUUUGUUGGUCAAGGAAUGGGCAAAAGCUCAAAACAUUAAUGAUCCAAAAAAGGGAACCCUGAGCUCGUAUUCGCUUUGCUUACUUGUCAUCUUUUAUUUCCAGACUUGUACGCCUGCAAUUUUUCCACCUAUGAACAAGUUUUUUGAUGUGGAGGAUCCAGCAGGAAUGAGGUUUAUUGAUGAAAAACAUGUUGAUGAGGUCUGUGCAGCAAAUAUAAAAAAAUUUCAACUCCAGAACAUAGGGCAAAGAAAUCAUAAGUCUCUUUGCGCUCUCCUUGUAGGAUUUUUUUCAAAGUUUUGCGGGAUGGUCCCUAGCGAUGUAUCCACUUACACUGGUCAGCCCAAACGAACCAAUGACAAGAUGAAAUCUUACCGCUGGUUUGUUGAAGAUCCAUUUGAUAGAUCUGAUAAUGCAGCUAGAACAGUUGAUGCACUACAGCUUGGGCGUAUUGCCAAUGCCUUCACAAACGCUGCUGCCGUAACCUUCUACUCUUAUGAUCCCGACGACCGGAAUGAAUUACUUACGCUGCUGUGUACACCUGAAGUUCGUUCAAAACUAGGUGCAAGACUUUCAACCAGUCCUCAACAAGGCGAAGUCACAGGAGCUCUGGAACUUGUGGCAGCUACCCCACACGAUAAUCAUUAUUGCCAGAGGUCCACAGGAUCCAAAAGAAAGCGGAGUAAUUCAUAGGCCACAUGGGCACUGCGGUGUGGGCGCAGAUUGUGCGUAAUAAGUACCUUCAUUCCAAAAUUUUGUCACAGGUGACAGUGAGGCCGACGGACUCACCUUUUUGGAAAGGGCUGAGAGUUAAAUCAGUUUUUUUCAACAGAACAAAGUUUCUAGUCGGAAACGGUACUUCCACGGGAUUCUGGGAGGAUACAUGGCUAGCCAGGGGAAACCCCUCUCGCGCUUCAAUAUUCCUCCCUUUAUAGCAUUGUGCAACGAAGAGACACUUUCGUUGCUACCGUGCUUCAGUCCACUCCCCUCAAUAUCCACUUUAGGAGAACACUUGCCGGAGCCCGUUGGGAAGCCUGGCUCCAUUUGGUGAGAAGACUGAUGGAUGUGCAUCUCUCUCAACAGCCAGACAUGUUGUGCUGGAAGUUAACCAGGAAUGGAGAGUUCAUGGUUAAAUCUAUGUAUUUAGAUGUGAUCAACUCUAGUUCUAUUCCUAGUUCCAAACAUGUUUGGAAUGUCAAGGUACCGUUGAGAGUUAAAGUGUUCAUGUGGUUUGUACACAAAAAAGUCAUUUUAACUAAGAACAAUUUGACAAAGCGCAACUGGACUGGUUCUACGA